AUUAACGUAGCAUAAAAAUGGGGAUCGAUCACGUAGCUUACUGUUUCUUCGUAAUGGGUUAUUGACUUGAAAGGAAUCUCGUCAUAGUUUUUACGUACUUUUGUGUUUACUGUAUAGUGACGAAUAAAUGUUUCAUUCAUACAGAAACAAUGGAAACUUUUUACGAUGCUAAUCGACUAUUUUUUUUCAAUCAGAUUUCUAUUCUACGAACGUACUAAGGGACACGUGCGGAUGGAUCGACCUAAUGUCUAAGCAUUCAAGAUGGAAUUUCCGAGACUUGGGUGCUGGAUAAGGGCGAGAUACUUUUAUGAAAUAAAAACUUUUUUGAAGUAUCACACGUUUAAAGACUCGACGUCCCAGCAAAGCAGCUCAGGACAGAAGUGCAAGAUGGUUUACAUAGUACGACCAAAUUCACAACAGACUGUUCUUCCUAUUGAGUUUGUCGACACUUCCGCCUUGCCACGUGAACAACCGACUACACCUAACAAGACGCCUGUCAUAGCGAAAAUUGAAUCAGGAGUACAAUUCGAAAUGGGGGAAUGGAAGACGUUGACCUCGAGGCCAUCAACGUCCAGACUGCCCAUCAGCAACGCAACUAAAUUGACAGACUUGCAUCUGUGCCUGAAGUGUAAAACUGGAUUUACAAGUAUCGACGGGUUGAGCCGUCAUUUAAAAUACGACUGCUCUACUACAGCGAAAUCAUACUCAUGUUCAAAGUGCAAGAAAUCAUUUCAAAAUCAAGUGGAGCUCAACAAACACAUGCUGACCCAUUCAUACUUCGUCUAAAAUCGAUUUUCAGAAGAGAGAAAAAGAAAAUAACAUUUUCAUACUAUUCCAUUAUAAUUUAUAGUAUCUUAAUCAUAGUGACCGGACCUGGUACUGAGUCAUCUAACAAUUAUCCAAUUUUUAUUAAUGCUUCCAAAUUAUUCUUACGAUUAGAUAUUAAUACUUUUGUAAU